ACUGCACCGUGUAGGGAUAAUGCCUUACGAGUGACACAGCGACGAACAAAUGCAGCUGGCGUGGACUCGCCAUCCUUUCAGUGCUUUUUGCACGUAAUCUGGAAUCGUGGAGAAAGGAAUUUAUAUAUUUUACGCAGAAAUGAGGGAAAAUGAUAAGAUUGCAUUGUGUUUCUUAUUGAUACUUGCCCUUUGUACAAGAGUAUAUUCGGCAAACGCCAGGCACAUAAUUACCAAAAGAAAUUAUAGCGAUCAAAGUGUAAGAGGCUAUCUGGCAGAGAGAACCUGUUGGUGGAACGAGGUGUGCAAGGAAGAAUUUCAUAGUAAGUUCCGAUGCCGUUGUCCGAGAUGGUCCUAUUGUCGCGCACCAGGGAGAUAUUACGACGCUCACUGCAGUAUGACACGCACAGGCUACAUAUGGACCCAACCGGAAACAUCAUUAAGCCUUGAAAUCGAUAAGUAAAUGAGACGCUACGAAAAGUCAAUCCUGAAAAAAACAGGUGUGGCAAUAACAAAAGAAAUCAAAUUUCUCUCGUUUAAAAUCAAAAUCAGCGAUUGUUAAAGUUUCCGCAGAUUGUUUAAUCAUCGGUUAAGAUGUGAUAUGAUUGUUGUAAUUUUCUAUUAGUAAUUUUAUUUAUAUAAGAGGAAAAUGGAAACAUUGAAUAAUGUUCAGAAAAUAACGAAAAACUCGAGAACAAUAUAAUUUACAUUAGUACAUCGAUAAACACACGCUGCCAACAAUUUAUAAUUAUUGUGUUAUAUAUGAACUCGUUGUGAUUAAUAAAGUUCAUUAUUAAUAAAGUUUUUUG